CCGAUGUCACUGUUGUUCUGUAAGACCAAAAGUCAGGGAAGGGGUAUCUUCGUCUCUAUCUGUCUCCUUUUCCCUUCAAAUCAUUGUUCAUCACUUCUCAGGUUGCUCAAAAUCCCUUUUCGACCUCAAACUUCAAACUCCUCAAACCCCUAACCCACCAAUCAAGAAUCGAAGCCGCAGAGAACCAUUUUCGUGGAAGAUCUUCUCCAUGGAUCCAAUCGAUGACAGCCCUUGCUGGGAUUUUCUCGAUAAUUUCAUCGACGAAACUGCGUCUUCUUCUUUUCUUUGGCCUAGUAGUAACAGUGGAAGCGUGGAAAUUGAUUUCUCAUCGAGUGUUGCUGUCUCACAAGAGAAGGAAUCCACCCGCAAGAGGGUACGUAGUGAUUCAUGUAGCAAGCCUGGUGCGAAAGCAUGCCGUGAGAGGCUGCGAAGAGAGAAAUUGAAUGACAGAUUUCAGGAUCUAAGUGCUGUGUUGGAGCCUGGGAGACCCGUUAAAGCUGACAAACCAGCCAUAAUUGAUGAUGCCAUUAGAAUUCUCAACCAGUUGAAAUCCGAGGCAAAGGAGCUCAAAGAAACAAAUGAAAAAUUACAAGAAGAAAUUAAAAGUUUGAAGGCUGAGAAGAAUGAACUCCGCGAGGAGAAGCUGACCUUGAAGGCAGACAAGGAAAAGAUGGAGCAACAUGUGAAAGCUAUGGCUGUUCCUACUCCUCCUCCCGGGCUUAUGCCAGCACACCCAGCAGCAGCCUAUCAUGCUGGGGCAACAAAGAUGCCUCCUAUGUAUCCCAGCUAUAGUCUGGUACCUAUGUGGCAGUAUUUGCCUCCAGCUGCCUACGACACAUCUCGUGAUCACGAGUUAAGGCCUCCUGCUGCUUAGUUCUUGACUGUUACUCUACUCAAAAGGAUGUAGUCAUUGUUGAACCAUCCAACAAUUUUUUCUCCCCAUUGAAUUUGGGUCGCUUAAUUUGUACAUACAAACUGCUCUGUCCCCUUUUGGUUUGGUUUGACAUUUGGGAAUCAGCAAGCUCUUUUUGCUGCUGAGAAUCGACCAGAAAUGUAGGCAGAUGAAAUUGUUCUAUAGAAUAAAUUAUCUUAUGCUGAUAUAAUGUACUCUUUGACGAUAGCAACUAUGCACCUAUCCUGUUUUUGUGCUGGGAUUUCGAUACUUUCCUCAUCCAGCUUGAAAUGGGUUUGUGGAAUCGGAUCCUAGUUUGAUCCUUGUUAGAUUUGCAUGGGAGCAGUAAGAGAAGUAAUGGACAUCAGAGCCUGAUCAUAUUAUUCUGAGUUUUCUUGAUUGUGUAAGUGAAGGAUAGCAAUCAAUGCCU